CUCUCUCUUAAAACUCCAACUUAUAGGAGACAAUGAAGUUUUCUUGCUCAAAACCAGUGUUGCUCAUUUUUGCAAUCCUUCUCUUGCUCAUUGUUGCUCAAGAAAACAGAGUCGCUGCAGGACAGCCAUGUGACCCUAUGCAGCUUAUUCCAUGCGAGGAGGCCAUACAUAAUGGCUCUAAGCCGCCGGAUACUUGUUGCACCAGGCUGAACCAGCAACAGCACUGUGUAUGCCAGUACAUGAAGAACCCUAAUUUCAAAUCUUUCCUUGACUCACCAAAUGCUAAAAAGAUUGCCACUGAUUGUCAUUUUCCUAAACCCAACUGCUAGUCUCUCCUCAUCUCCAAUCUUGUGUUUUUCUUGCUAUAAUGGAUUUGCUGUCGUUUUGUGUCAAAGUUGAUAUCCAUCAUGUUUAAUGGUUUUCUUCAUGGUUUCCUACUUUGGUUAAUGAUUUUUCUGCAUGUGUUUGUCUUCAAAAGAUCUCACUUUUUGAGACAUAAAUCUCAGAUUUAAUAAUAAACUAGAUCUUGACCCGUGCGACCGCACGGGUAUUAAUUUUCUGUUUUAUUUUUUUAUUUAUUUAUACUAAAUGAUGUAUUUGUAAUUUGAUUAUUUAAA